UAACAUCUAUCGGAUUUUGAGGAACUGAUCUGAUUCGUUCUAUCUAGUUUUAAUAUACCUAUGGUUGUUUUUUACAAGGGGAUUUUAACAAACACAAAAGUAUUUAAGUUUGCAUUUAGCUGCUAAAUAUGUUUUCUCUGUUAGCCACGUUUAGCAUGCUUGGUAGAGCAUGUUGAAUAUGCGCACAAGGUGGAACCAAGAAAGACAGUUUUGAUUCUUUGGUUUUCAGAUUCCAUAUUAUAUCAAAAAGUGUCAUGAGUGUGUGCGAAGUAUGGCGCAGCAUUUUAAUAUAAUCAUUUUUGUUAUGCACUUAAUUGCUUUAUGGCAUAGUUAUGUUUGCGAAAUCAAUGUUGGAACAAAUAUUCAUGAAAUACUAGAAAGCCAUUUAAUGCCACUUGAUCUCUUUACAUUAUGUGCAAAAUGUCGGCUUAGGAACAAAAUUUCGAAUGAGUUUACUGCGGUUCUACACUUAAUGACAUAUCACAGAAAAAUGAUUCACAACUACAUGACAUCUAAUUAUCUUUCAAAGGAAAUUUUAAAUUCAAUGAAUAUUAAAGAAAAUGAACUCAUCAAAAGUGGAAUUAAAGGAGAUACAUAUUUUGAAGGAAAUCAGUCGAACGCAAAAUCCUCUGACGUCUUUAAUAAAAUGUUAGUGGAAAGCGGCUCUUUACAAUACAAAUCACUGUUAAAAAGCUUAAUGGCUAUAUAUUACCGCGAUACAAAUUCAAAGGAAAUUAGUCAGUAUACCUAUGGAAGUGGGAAUCGAUAUCGAAGGUCGUCAGAUCCAAAUCAGCCGAGUUCCGCAGCAACAGAAGAAUAUGAUUACGGGGACAUUACUGGCUAUGCUUAUACGGGUGCCCCUUCAUUGGCCCCUAGAUCCCAUUUCAUUUCUCCUGGAGAAUUUAACAACAAAUUAAUCUUCAAGGAUAAUUUUGCCUUAAUUUCGAAGAAAAACAAUAAAAAUGGAUAUGAUCAUCCCCAAAAGGAAUACACAUCCGAUUAUGAGGAACAUUCGGAGCGCCUGAAUUCUGUUACCGAUUUAUCAAAAAAUAAGAAAGAAAUAAAUUUUAAGGACAUAUCGGACAUCGCACUAACAACAUUAGCAUUUUUAUCGUUUGGAAUGUUUACACUACAAGUGCUUAUGUGCAUAGUUAUGAGUAAAGAAGAUGAACAAAGUAUAAUGAUGCUUCCUAUGGAAGUAACUGAGCCUUCUGAAACAAUUGAUGGGACUGAGGAAAUAAGAAGACGAAAACGAUCCGUGAAUAAAAAUAAAACAUUUAAACAGAUUAUCGACAUGUCGAGGCUUAUGCUCAUCUCAGUAGAAAAUGUAGCUUCAACUGGACAAACUGCAAUUUUCAAUGGACGGAACUUACCUUGCAAUAUUUAUACUGCAAGGGAACUAUCUUUUCAACAGAAGGCUUGGAUAUUAUUAAUUAUACUUGGAUCAACUGGAACUUCAUCUGCAAUUGCUGGAAACUACAUUUUGCUUUUAAAAAAUAUGUUCAAUAUAUUUAAAUCCUGCUUUGAAAAUUAUAGCAAGUUUUAAUAAAUUAUGUAAAAAAGAAGAUUUCUUGGAAUUGGCU